GCUCCCCCGGCCGCUGCCCAUGCCCCGGCCGCUGCCCGCGCCGGGCAGGCCGCGAGGGGCCCAGCCUCGCACAGGCUGCUGCAUUGCUGGAGACCACGUCUAGCUCACCCAGCCUCCUAGACAACGUGCUCAAUGCUUUGAGACUGGAAGGACCUUGCUCUGCAAUGAAGAUGGAGGCAGUAGGAAAAGCAGAAGAACUUGUUGAUUCAGGAAUUCCACCAAAGACUUCUGAAAAGCAAGAGACUGCUCCUGAUGAAGAGAGGCCUAUAGAACUUGAGACACAACCUCAGAAGGACAGUGCGCCCACUGCAGCAGACUCUGCAGUGCUCUCUUCCAUGCCUUGCUUGCUGAUGGAACUGAGGCGGGACUCCUCGGAGUCUCAGCUGGCAUCUACAGAGAGCGACAAGCCAGCGGGCGGCCGAGUUUAUGAGAGUGACUCUUCUAACCACUGCAUGCUUUCCCCUUCCUCCAGCGGGCACUUGGCCGACUCAGACACGUUGUCUUCCGCAGAGGAGAACGAGCCCUGCCAAGCUGAAGCCGCCGCGGAGGGAGACCCUUCUGCAGUGUCCGGAGCCGCGGUCGGGAGGAAAUCCAGGAGAUCCAGGUCCGAAAGUGAGACUUCAACAAUGGCUGCCAAGAAAAACCGACAGUCUAGCGAUAAGCAGAACGGCCGAGUUCCCAAGGUGAAGGGUCACCGGAGCCAAAAGCACAAAGAGAGGAUCCGGCUGCUGAGGCAGAAGCGGGAGGCGGCUGCUCGCAAGAAGUACAACCUGCUGCAGGACAGCAGUACCAGCGACAGUGACCUGACCUGUGACUCCAGCACCAGCUCGUCAGACGACGACGAAGAGGUUUCAGGGAGCAGCAAGACAAUCACUGCAGAGAUACCAGAUGGACCUCCUGUGGUGGCUCACUAUGAUAUAUCAGACACAAACUCAGACCCAGAAGUGGUAAAUGUGGACAAUCUGUUGGCGGCUGCAGUAGUUCAAGAGCACACUAAUUCUUUAGGAAAUCAAGACUCAGGAUCUGCCUGGAGAACCAGAGGGCUGCUGAAUGAAAUGAGUGCUGAUACAGGUCGUUUGGAUCCAGGCUUCCUUACAGGUGACAAAACCUCUUGUGGCAAUGCCCAGGCCAGUGAAGAAAUUAACAUUGCCUCUUCUGAUAGCGAAGUGGAGAUUGUUGGAGUUCAGGAACAUGCCAGGUGUGUGCAUCCCAGGGGAGGGGUGAUCCAGAGCGUGGCCUCCUGGAAGCGCGGCUCGCCCUUCGGCAGCGCCCAGCCCGCGCAGCCAUGGACAGCAGUGGCUCCCCAGCAGAACUGGUCCUCGCCCCCAGAAGUGGUGGAUCUGACUCUGGACGAGGACACCAGGCGCAAAUACCUCCUGUAAGGCCGUGUCACUGUGCUCUGCCCCCUCCCUGCCGCCCUCCCUGGCACAGAGCGGUGACACCGUCACCUCCAGAGCCCCGUCCUUGGCACCAAGAAACCCAAACCCACGGCGGUUCUCCACCUCCACGCAGGAAUGUAGUCUGAUUUCAGUAUCACUUCAAAGGGUUUUGCCUUCUCCGAGGAGGAUUCCUGCCCAGAAUUAACAGCACCAAAUUUUAAACACAUCUGCAGUUACUAACGUGUGCGUGUACACCUAACGAAAUAACUGCGUGCAAACUUACGUCCUGCCACGCUCCCCACCUCCCAACUCCAGGACUUUUUUAAUUUAUCAGUAUCUUGAGUUUGUUAGUAGAAGUUAGUGUGUUGCUGUGUGAGCAUCAGUGAUUUUGAGAAAUGCUGUGUCCUCACUGAUUUCAGUGGAAUUGGGGAGUAUUCAACACUUCCAAAAUUUGGGCCAGGAGUAUUUUUACCCAAACUGAUUUGGUUAUGUUACCAGCAGGAGGGAUUGUUUUUAAUGCAAAUGGCCCAUAAAAAUGCACUGAACAGCUUUUAAUUAAAACAUUUUUUAUUUUCAAUGUAUUUUAUAGUUUUUACUUUUCAGUGCUGAGUCUUCUGUCCACUUGACUACUGUGUUUCACUGGUCAAUUCCCACAGCUUGGAAUGGCUAAAAUAGUAAUAGUAGUGACUUAGGAACAGCUGAACAUUGCAAAAGCACAGAAAAAGGUAAUAAAAAGGCCCAGCAUCCAUCUCCUUUUUAAUUAUAGCUUAUUAUUAUUAUUAUUACCUCUAUCUGAGUUUUGCCUGGAGUAGAUGAAGAAGAGGAAUUAAAUGUUUUACUCACAGUCCCCAUCUCUACUGCUGCUUGUUUGCGUCAUUCACCAUCUCAGAAAACAGAAAACAAAUCCCAAGCAGAUUCCAAAGCUCCAGCCUGGCAAAGGGGUGGUCAGCUGGGACCUGUUCCUGGAAUUUGUGGGGCCACUCAAGUGCUUAAAACUCUGUCCUGAAAGAUGUUGCAGGAUCAGGGUCACAAACUAAGGUUGUGGUUUUUAACUUUUUUUUUGUUUUAAAUUAAUAAUCUGCACCAUUUCCCUGGCUUUCAAUCAUGCCUCUCCUGCUAGUUUUGGAAAUGCCAAGAUUCAGAAAACACCUUCUACCAGAAUAUUUACCAAAAUCAGUGGAACAACUCACUUUAGCGGGCUGCAGUUUCUGUGGUGUACAUGGAAAUUCUUGCCCCUCAUCUGUCAUUUUGAGCCUUUCCCAAGGCAAAAACCAAAGAUUAAACUUUGACAAGAUGAUAUUAUUCACCUUAAAUGUCUACUGUGCAAUUGAAACAUUCCUUCAUAUUCCAGAUGUUUCUAUUGGGAAUUUUGUACAGCUCUGCCAUUAGAUUUUUCACUAUUUGAAGCUUGAAAAAGGGUGGUCAGGACAUGGGAAGUUCUGCUUUUCUUUUGUACUGGCU